GCUUACAUUAGCUUAGAUUUAUAAGAAAUAGCCUAUGCUAUUAUUCAUAAUUUUAAUUUAUUUUUCGUGUUUUACUCUAAAAUGUGUGCUUGGUGAAGGGUCAACAUUCCCAUAUGACCUAGUCGAUAAGAAAGCUAUUUCAGCAGAUUCAACAGGAGCCGAUUCAUCUGGAUUUAGAGACGAUAUCAUUCCGCUGUUAGAAUUGGUCACAAAUGCCACAGAAAAAUUUAGGAAUGAUCCUAAGGGACUAAUGUACGAUGCUAUUGCGGGUGACUCGAAGUCUCAAUUUUUAGUGGGAAUGCUAUAUGCAAUGGGUCCUGAUGACAAUUUAAUCAUUCAGCUACCACAAGAUGAAGCAUUAUCAAGGCUAUACUUAGAAUUAUCUGCAAAACAAAAUUAUACUUAUGCAUUGCUUGCUCUUGGAUAUCGGUAUACGACAGGAAUUGGGACUACCAAACAAUUAGAUAAAGGAUUAAGCUAUUACCGACAAGUUUCAGAGCAGGUAACUUCACUAGUGCAGCCAUUAACUCAUUUUGCUAGAGAUAUGGCGAAUGAUUACCCUGUUGAUGUGUACGAUCUUAAUGGACGACAAUCUUCGGAUUCUAGCAUUCUAAAUAUAAGAGAUGAUAUGCUAGAAUUCUUGAACGAUUUUGCAGUGAAUGGAAAUAACAUUACUGCCUAUCUUAAUUUAGCAGCUGUGUACCACCGUGGUCAACUAGGCAAAGCAAGGAAACCUGCUUUAGCAAUGAAGCAUUAUUUGUCUGCUCUUCGGCUUGCAUAUCCAGGAAUAUCUGAAGUUUCUGAAAAAGCGAUAGUACAGAUAAAAGAAGAAAACAAGAAUGGCUUCCCUAGACAUGCUAUGGAGAAUGUGGACAGUAUCGCCAACACUGCGUUUAAUCUCGGAUGUAUGGAAUUACAUGGCGAUCUCGGAAAUCGUAAUCCAGCCGCUGCGUUCAAUUGGUUCGAGUUUGGAAAAUCUUUGAAUCAUUCCUCUUCUCGAUCAGCCCUUGCAUAUCUGUAUUUUAUGAAUUAUCAAGUUGCUAUGGAUGAAUCACAAGCCAAGCAAUUGUUACGUGAAGCUAUAGCACAGGGAGAUCCGAUUGCGUACACAAUUGCAGGGAAAAUAGCUAUUUCACAGAACAAAAUCGAGGAGGCCCUUGAUUAUUUUCUUCAUGCAUUUGAAGGAUCCAAUUUAGAAGCAGCUUUAUAUCUUGCUUACCUUUACUCGGAUAGUAAUCAAGAAAAAGCGAUCGCAUUUCACAAACACUUUAUCGGUCGAACAUUGCAGAUGUAUUUCGAUUUUCGGACGUUGUCUAUGGAUGCAAAGGUGAAGUAUUUUUUUACCCGAAUUUCUGCUGAGCUGGGAAGCGUUAUGUCACAAGUAUUAGCAGGAAAAAACGUUGACCCUUCUAAAUCAUAUUUAAAAAACGCUAUUUUUCCUUAUACUAAUACUACGUAUCGCGAGGCACAAAUAGCAUUGACCUAUUAUUCUCGAGCUGCCGUGAGGCAUCACCAUGAUUCAUUAAUAAAGGUUGCUGACUUUUAUCAAUUCGGGAUAGGAACACCAACAGAUUUUGGCUUAGCUUUUACUUUAUAUACUCAGGCUGCUACAACAGGUGGUUCUUCGUUAGCCUACUGGCGCCUAGGGGAAAUGCAUGAGUACGGACGUGGGAUCCCAAGAGACUUUGAAAUGGCCAAAAAAAAUUACGACAUCUCAUUAGAAAUAAGCCAUAGAGGUUUUCUAGCUAUCCUUCUGGCUAGACUACGAAUGAAGCUAAGUCAUCCCGAUUCCAAGUUUUCCGUGAUAUAUUAUGCUACACGGUCAAUUAUCCUGGGAGUUUUAAAGAGUACUCAAAAAGUUAUUUUGUUUUUAAGUUCAAGUUUUGUACGAAAUAAAACGAGUAAUAACCUACUUGACACCUCAUUUCUAGAAAGCAUCCCUUCGCACGUAGAAGGGUUAGAAUCUUCGAAUACGGAAACAGCAUCAGAGGUACCUUCAAGCACAAGUGCCUCAGAAACCAUAUUGGCUGACAUGAACACGUUGGAUAGAAAGUUUAUUGAGACAUUGUCUGUAACAUUACUUGUGGUUAUCGUUGGUUAUGUUCUAAUGAAGCGACAUCAACAAUCAAGGAGGAGUCAAAUACACUUAGGUAAUCAAAUCCAAAGUGAACAUGCUAGCUAGCUUCUUCAAAUGAUGCAGUUAACGGUUAAAUAACGUACUAAUUGUAUAUUGGAUUUAUUUUCGUUUACUCCUGUUGUUUUUCUUCCUGAUACAUAUACGAUGAAUAUAUUUUACAUGAUUUUAGUUUAGAAAUUCCUAUAAUACUAUUUUGGAUACAAGCCAUCGUUCGUUAUAGACCCUUUUUUUAAUAACAUAAUUUAUUAAUAUUUAAAAUAAAUAAUAUAUAUAACAG